CGCUUGCCUUUUCCAAAGGAUUCUGGGUAUUGUAGUCUCUGGCGGGGAUGACUAGUAAAAGAGGGACUGCGGCUGGAACCGAGUGUUCGGGAAACAAGAAAGGGAAGCGGGAAUACAAAGCGGAGCUGUCAGGGUUACUGGCGGACCAGACAUGUCGGGACUCGGUGAAACAAGCCUGGAAGGGAAAACAGGGCGGACAGUUCGGCUCUGUGGUUUUGGAUUCAGUGCCAUUCCCACAUGGUGUGAUCCAUCCUUUCAUUCACAACUCUGAGUUCCUGGAAGAACUGAAAGAGGAACUGCUUAAUUUGAACUUUCUGCCCAAAUCAAAUGAUCUUUAUCAGUUUAAACAGUCAGAGGAUCUGAAAAAUCGCAGAGAGCCCCAUAUCAAAGCAUUAAGACAGGUACUGUUUGAGGAUUUUCGUCAGUGGCUAUCAAAUAUUACAAAUGUGGAGCUGGAAAAGACUGUUGAUGUUUCCUGUGCACAAUAUGGCUAUACAGAUGCUUUGCUUUGCCAUGAUGAUGAGUUAGAAGGAAGGAGAUUUGCAUUCAUCCUUUACUUGGUUCCUGAGUGGUCGAAAAGUGAUGGGGGUUCUCUGGAUCUUUAUGGCAUGGAUGAUAAUGGACAGCCUGGACCAAUUGUAAAAUCUCUGAUUCCAAGAUGGAAUUCGCUGGUGUUUUUUGAGGUCUCUCCAGUUUCCUUCCAUCAGGUUUCAGAAGUACUAGGUGAUGAAAAAUGUCGUCUUUCAGUCAGUGGAUGGUUUCAUGGCUGCUCUCUCGAGAGGCCACUUCGUUGCUUGGAUCCUCUCCCUGUUCGUAGUCCCCAUAUUCCUCAUGAUGACCAGAUAUUGUACGAGUGGAUAAAUCCAGCUUAUCUCUCCUUAGAGUCUCAGGCCCAGAUACAAGAGGAAUUUGAGGAAAGAUCAGAAAUUCUCUUGAAAGAUUUUCUUAAGGCAGAAAAGUUCCAAGCAGUCUGUGCAGCUCUGGAAACACAAAGUAUUACACUGGAGAAGUGUGGCCCACCUAAUAAAAGGUGUUAUGAAAGGGCGCAUGGAGAUUUCCCUGCAGUCAUUGGUAGCUGCAUGGAGCUUCUGAGAUCUGAAGCUUUCUUUCUAUUGCUCUCUAACCUUACUGGCCUUAAACUCCAUUUCCUGGCCUCAAAUAAUGAAGAGUCUGAUGAAGGAGAAGGCCCUUCAGAGCCUAAUGCUGGAGUCCCACAACAAGGAGCUUCUUCAGAGGUUCCCUCAUGCAGUGGGGAAUUAAGGCACUGGCAACACAGUUACUAUACCAUGAUCCAUGACCUUGAUCCUGAACGGCAUGAAUUUGCACUAGAUCUGCUUCUUUUUUGUGGCUGUGAUGAUUGGGAAGCUGAGUAUGGUGGUUUCACAUCUUACAUUGCAAAAGAAGAGGAUGAGGAGCUUCUUUCUGUAUAUCCUGAGAACAACUGCCUUGCCUUGGUCUACAGAGACAAAGAAACAAUGCGUUUUGUUAAACACAUAAACCACAAGAGCCAACAGAGAGACGCCAACAGCCCCAAGCACAAGGGAUUCUGGGACUUUGCUUUUGUUUACUAUGAGUGAUAGCUCUGGAUUUAAAGAGAAUAGCUGUCUGUCUCAACAGUUUUGGAAACGUCAAUAUAAACCAUUUCCUGACAGUAAUUUGGUUCAGAAUAAGCUGCUGUGGUUUCAAGUCAAACAAAAAUCCUGUUUGAAAUUACUCUUGUUAAUAAUAUGUUUCAUAUGUAGAAAUACUAUUUUAACUUAAAAAAAUUUUAGUGAGAGUUUCUGUGGACAUUAUUAAAUAUUAUUUCUGUGAUA